AUGACAGCCAUGUUGGUUAAUCUGAUGUAUUACUGCGCAUGUGUGCCACGUGAUUUAGCAUUCAUUUCUUUAGGGCGAAACUGACAUAGCUGUGAGACGAAGAAAUCCUUCUUUUGCUGAACAAUCCUCUAAACCAAGACUCUAAGCAGAAUGGCAGAUCCCCAGGAAGACCAAGAACUUUUGGACUACGAUGAAGAGGAUGCCGGUCAAGAGCAACAGACGAACGGAGCAGACACUGCGGAGACAAAGAAGGGUGUCAAAGGAAGCUAUGUGUCCAUUCACUCUUCAGGCUUUCGAGACUUUCUCCUAAAACCAGAACUCCUGAGAGCCAUUGUUGACUGUGGAUUUGAGCAUCCUAGUGAAGUGCAAGAUGAGUGCAUCCCUCAGGCCAUACUGGGCAUGGACGUCAUCUGCCAGGCUAAGAGUGGUAUGGGAAAGACGGCCGUGUUUGUGAUUGCAUCUCUCCAACAGCUGGAACCAGUUGACGGACAAGUCAGCGUGCUCGUCAUGUGUCAUGCAAGAGAGCUGGCAUUCCAGAUCUACAAAGAAUACGAGAGAUUCAGCAAAUAUUUUGACAAUGUCAAGAUCUCCGUGUUCUUUGGUGGGAUCAGUAUCAAGAAGGACGAGGAGGUGAUCAAGAACAACUGCCCUCACAUUAUUGUGGGGACACCGGGGAGGAUCAUGGCACUAGUUCGAGACAAGACCUUCAACACUAAACACAUCAAGCACUUUGUGCUGGACGAGUGUGACAAGAUGCUCGAGCAGCUAGACAUGCGUCGUGAUGUACAGGAAGUGUUCAAAGCCACACCCCACGAGAAGCAGGUCAUGAUGUUCAGCGCCACUCUGCCCAAGGAUAUUCGUCCAGUCUGCAAGAAAUUCAUGAAUCAACCCAUGGAGGUCUAUGUUGAUGAUGAGACCAAGCUCACUCUGCACGGACUGCAACAGCACUACGUGAAGCUGGCUGAUAAGGAGAAGAACAGGAAGCUAUUUGACCUUUUGGACAAACUAGAGUUCAACCAGGUGAUCAUCUUCGUCAAGUCUGUGCAGCGAUGCAUAGCCCUCUCCCAACUGCUGGUGGAACAAACCUUCCCAGCCAUCUCCAUUCACAGGGGCAUGCCUCAGGAGGAAAGGCUGGCCAAGUACCAGGCCUUCAAGAGCUUCAGUAAACGUAUCCUCGUGGCCACUGACUUGUUUGGACGUGGCAUGGACAUUGAGAGAGUCAACAUUGUGUUCAACUACGACAUGCCCGAGAGCUCUGACACUUACCUCCACAGGGUGGCCCGUGCUGGCAGGUUCGGCACCAAGGGUCUGGCCAUUACCUUUGUGUCUGAGGAGAGUGAUGCAGCCACUCUCAACUCUGUACAGGACCGCUUCGAGGUGAACGUCACAGAGCUACCAGAUGAACUGGACGUCACCACAUACAUUGAGGGUGUGUGAGAUGGUCUUUUCAAACUCAAACUUAUUAUAAACAGUUACAUUUUUAUUUUUGCUUUUAUUAGUAGCUAGCUAUAUAUUAUACCAUUUGACUCUUGUGGUGUUUUACUGACUACUUUAGCUACAACUGUAAAUGUCCUCUCUGUCUGUUCUCAUGAUACACAUUGUCAGUAUAAUUAUAUACAACAUUAAAUCUGAUUUCUUAACUAUCA